AUGCCUUCUUCUAGUCAACAAAACACAUUCCUUAUCUGGGGCGGCAACGGCUGGGUGGCUGGUCAUCUCGAGACCAUUCUCAAAGACCAAGGCCAGACCGUCUAUACUACCACAGUCCGCAUGGAGAACAGAGAAGCUGUCAUGGCUGAGCUCGAUAGAGUCAAACCUACUCAUGUCAUGAACUGUGCAGGUUGCACCGGUCGCCCCAACGUUGAUUGGUGCGAAGACAACAAAGCUGCAACCAUUCGCAGCAAUGUCAUUGGCACUCUCAACUUAGCUGAUGUAUGUGAUCAACGUGGCAUACAUAUCACUGUGUUUGCUACCGGCUGCAUCUACGCCUACGAUGAGGCACACCCGAUGGGUGGACCAGGCUUCCUCGAGACCGACCCAGCAAACUUCUCUGGCUCCUUCUACUCAGCCACAAAGUCCAAGGUCGAAGAGAUCAUGAUGAAGUACACAAACGUUCUCUGUCUCCGCCUCCGCAUGCCCGUCUCCGACGACCUCCAUCCCCGCAACUUCGUCACGAAAAUCUCCUCCUACUCCCACGUCGUCGACAUUCCAAACUCCAACACCAUCCUUCACGACCUCCUCCCCUGCGCUAUCAUCCUCGCCUCAGCCAAGGAAACCGGUGUCUACAACUUCACAAACCCUGGUACCAUUUCACACAACGAAGUUCUUACUCUGUUUGAGAGAAUUGUCAGACCAGGAUUUAGAUGGAAAAACUUUACGCUGGAGCAGCAGAGUCAGGUUAUCAAAGCUGGAAGGAGUAAUUGUGAGCUGGAUACUAAGAAGUUGGUGGAAAAGAUGAGGGAGUUUGGAGUUGAGAUGCCGGAAAUCCAUGAUGCUUAUGGGAAGUGCUUUGAGCGUAUGGUCAAGAACGGUGUCAAGUAG